AUCAGCUGUGUCCAAUCACAGCUGAUCGCAUGCAAAGAAGGAAAUGCCAGUUAUCAGCAUUCCUGCUGACAACUCGGGACAUGUACACUGAUCAUCAGGGCACUGAUGAGCAGUGUGCUCUGAUGAUCAGUGUAGCCCCAUCAGUGCCCACCUGUCAGUGUCCAUCAAUGCCAGCUGUCAGUGCUCAUCAAAGCCACCUGCCAGUGCCCAUCAGUGCCACAUCAAUGCCACAUAUCAGUGCCUACCAGUACACAUCAAUGUCACAUAUCAGUGCCCAUCUGCCCAUCUGAGCUGCCUUUCAGUGCCACCUAUCAGUGCCAGUCAGUCCCACCUAUCAGUGCCAGUCAGUG